UUCGCUUGAGGUCGCGUGCGCGAUGAACGUGGAUCAACCCUUCCGACACCGGCACCAUGCUUCAACUUUGGUACUUUCUUCUCAUUCAUUACUUCUAUUCUCAAGUUUUAGCAUUCCCGACUUUCAAGAAACGGUCUCGCGGCGAGUUUUCGGAGUGCGUCAACCUUCAAUGAUAUCGUGCCGCGUUUCGUUGGGAAGAAUGAACAAUCGCUGAGUCACUUGUUUCGGGGUUCUUCCCUUCCCGCGCAAUUUCGUGAAUCUGUUCGUCGAUUUUGUGUCGUUGGACUUUAUUACUGUUUGAAGUGUUUCGUUUGUAUUCUUGCCGUGAAGGGAGUGAUCGAUUUGUGAGUAUUAUUCGUCGUAAUGCGUCAAUUCGGUCGGGUUUUGUGUGACUUCAAUGAUGGCAGUCUGUAGCGUGUUGGAAAACUUGGCCUCUGCUUUCAACUUUCUCUCUGGUAUCUGGUUUGAUUGAUUCUGGACUGGAAUCGAGUGUAUUCUCUGUGCUAGUGUUGUGAGUGCUUUCAGCCAGGCGUCGGGCAAAUGGAUAACCGUCUAUUGAGCUUCCCGAUUCCUCACCUGCCAAACUGCUGAACGGUCAAUAUGGGUAGACUACGGACAGAGCGCACUUCAUUUACAAGAUCUGCGCUGAUCAUCUCCACUGCCCUUUCAGGAAAUCUGAAGACGGGAUGUGACCUAUGACGGGAUGUCAUAUCGGAUUUGGGCAGGCGGGGGUUGGGUAGAGGCGGGGCGCGUCAUCGGGCUGCUGAGUCUGCUCAUGAGCGUCACGCUGUUCCUGGCACUCCACGCGGCCCUCUACGAGAGCGCCAUGUACCAGGUUCAGGUUUCGGCCGGACCCCCCGCCGCCCCAGCCCCCGCCCAAGCCCCCCUCCCCUUCGAGAUGCCCAGCGCAGACGUCCAGGAGUACCGCUUUCCCGCACACCACAGGCUUCGCUUUCCCAAAGCCAGCAGACGGCUACCACAGGCGAUCAUCAUCGGGGUUCGAAAAUGCGGGACGCGGGCGCUGCUGGAGAUGCUGUUCCUGCACCCGCGAAUCCAGAAGGCGGCCGGCGAGGUUCACUUCUUCGACCGCGACGACAACUACAGCCGCGGCCUCGACUGGUACCGCCGCCGCAUGCCCCAGUCCUUCUCCGGACAGAUCACCAUCGAGAAGAGCCCCAGCUACUUCGUCACUCCGGAGGUUCCCGAAAGGAUCUACGCCAUGAACUCGAGCAUUAAAUUACUGCUAAUCGUUCGGGAGCCGGUGACGCGAGCCAUCUCGGAUUACACGCAACUGCGGGCGAACGCGGCGACGGCGCCAUCUAGCGGGCCGCCCAAGAGCUUCGAGCAGCUGGCCCUCCACGCGGACGGGAGCGUGAACGCCUUCUACCGGCCGAUCGCCGUGUCCGUGUACCACUGGUACAUACACCGGUGGCUCGAGGUGUUCUCCCGGCAGCAGCUCCUCAUCGUCAACGGGGACCGGCUCAUCGAGGACCCGGUCUCGGAGCUGCAGCGGAUCGAGCAGUUCCUCGAGCUGGAGCCGAAGAUCAGCAGGAGCAACUUCUACUUCAACCAGACCAAGGGCUUCUACUGUCUCCGCAACGAGACGACGGACAAGUGUCUGAGGGAGAGCAAGGGUCGCAAGCACCCCAGAGUCAACCCGGCCGUCAUCAACAAGCUGAGGCAGUUCUUCAGCGAACAUAAUCAAAAGUUCUACGAGCUAAUUGGAGAGGAUUUAGGUUGGCCGGAUAGUUAGGUGUUCCGAGAGAGGUUCUCCUUUCCGUUCUAAACGUGCCUCAAUCCGUAUUGUUGUCAUUAUGUUUUCCUUCCUUUUUUAUCUAGGAUACUUCGGCGUUUCCCAGACGAAGGGACGGAACUCCAUUCCCAGGUUGCAAAAUUGACUCGAAAAAUUUAAUUUUUUGCAGGAAUGUACCUGUGCAAUCAGUGCGUUCGAAACCCACCUCCGAGUUUCAGGAGCCAUGUGGCGCAUCAAGCUCGACUUUUAGGGGCCAGAUGGACUCUUUGCCUAUCUAUCAUGGCGGAUUUAGUGAAGAGUUAGAUUCAAGAUGUUUUAGAUACAGAACUAGUGACUGUAUAACCUGGGGGAAAUCUCGAAAAAUC